AGGACUAGUUAGACACCGAGAUGGAGCGUGAAGAGCGCAGUCACAACUCUGAUUGAGCACAGCCAGAGGGGUGGAAAAUCACUGAAAAGCACCUUCUUCAGAUCAUACACAGUCGUCUUUCACAUCUUGACAAACUAUCGUCACAACUCCGCCAGUGGGAUUCGGGAUUUAUUAAGGAUAUUCGUUUGUUUUCGAUGCUGCAAAACAUCAGCUAGAUUUUUUUUUUUUUUUUUUUUUUCACUCCAGGUCUAGGAUUUGAGAGGGGAGCUAUGGAGGUUUCUCCGAUUGACCAGUCAAAUUAAGCACGGCAAGGGGUAUUUUUUGCAAUUGAUUCGCGGCUUUAACCGUUGUGUUUUCGAAAGAAAGCAAGGACAUCUGUCGAUUUUGAACCAGGGAUCUAUCGUACUCAUUGAUUUGUCUACAGAAACCUUUUAAUUUCAGCGUUUUCUUUAUUAACUAAGCUUUCAACAGACGCCAUUUUCCUUUUGCUUUUUCUUUCUUUUUUUUUUUUUUUAAAGCCUGCUUCUGUUUGACAGAUCUUGUCGAAGAUGGCAUUGCAGCUGCUGCGCGUUUAUAUAUAAUUUCGGUGGAUUUUAAAAAAAGACCAACAAAUGUAAAAUAAAGAGAGGAGAUUGCCCGGGAGAGCGAGCCUGCAUUGGAUAUGGGUUAUUACACUUUUGAAGUUGUGUCUAUAUCUGGGAUUGCUGGAGCAGUAGAUUGCUGGGAUAUCUGAGCCUUUUCUCACCGGGAUUAUUGCACAGCCAUCUGAGAUACUCAAGAAUUCCUUAUCCCGAAGCGAGUGUCGGGAUCGUCGAUGGAGCAAAGAGAACUUAGUGGCCCUUCUCGACCAAAGGGAGGUGAGGCUGAAUUUCACCCAGGAGGGGGUUCCCCCAGUCCGGGCAACAUCUUGGAUGGGACUGGAGGCCCCCUCCCUGCCCCUGGCAAAGGGGUCCCAGCGGGUGGAGAGAGGGUCGACCCUGAAGAGGAGGAUGACUUGGGGCUGGGCAGGGAUGUGGAUUCUAACACGGACAGUGAGAAGUGGGCGCAGGGGGACGGGCUGGAGGAGCAAGAGUUCUCAAUUAAGGAGGCCAGCUUCUCUGAGGGGAGCCUCAAGCUCAAAAUCCAGACCACCAAGCGGGCCAAGAAGCCCCCCAAAAGCCUUGAGAAUUACAUCUGCCCCCCUGAGAUCCGGAUCACCACCAAACAGCCUGGGGAACAGAAGGCCACCAAACUGGGGAAAAGUAGCAAGGGGGCCAAGGAGGACGUGCUUCCCAAAAAGAAGAUCUACGAAAAACCGUACAAACCUCCUGAGCAUAAUGAAGGAGAAGUUCAGGUAGACUUCUCUGGGGAAACAAUGAAACCAAAGUACCAGUCAAAGAACACUCUGCAUCAUCUGGAGUGGUCCACAACACCAGCAGGAGGAUCCAACUCCCAAGGUACUGGGACAGAAACUGAACCUAUUGGAGAAACAACCGGAAUGAGUAAGAGCUCUGCUGCAGAUACCGUGGCCAUGCUACCUAAACAACAGCUAAAUAAGUCCAGUGGGGGCCCUGCAGCUAGUCCAUUCCGCACUGCGACUUCCAGCCAGGUGACUGGCACAAUAAUACGGACACCAGGAAUGGGUUCUAUACCACAGGCUUCCAACCAGCCUGAAAGCACCGGGAUGAGUCUUUCCAUGCUGAAUCACAAGAGGGUCAUACAGGAAGUUGCUGAACAAAUGUUUGGAAACAUUAAGAGAAAGUAUGGCAGAAAGGACUCCAUCAGGAGCCUUGGAUCCCAGAACCUGGGGAGGCAGUGGAUUAAUGUGGCCACAAAGGAGUCUGAGGGUAAGAACCAAGAGAAUAUCACAGAGAAGUAUGUACAGCCUGAUAAAACAACCAGGGAGCUGCCCAGUGGAGACAGUGCAUUCACUGGGAAUGGCAAGGAGAAGGAGGGAGAUAGUAUGCGGGGGUCCAUUUCUGUCCAGACACAGGCUUCCACAGGGCAACCAAGACGGAAGAGGAGAUAUCGACAAUCAUUGAAAGGUCAAUUCCCCUUGGAGAAUUCAGCAGAAAAGACUCUGUCUAAGCUGGCUGAAAAAGAUGAAGGCAGUAAGAGUUUUUUAGACUUGUCUCCCACCUGCUUUAACAAGAAGGAACUGAGAACAUCCAGAGUUGACGAGAAGGAAGGACAGCCUGAAGCUGUUGAAAUGACCCAAGGUGAGACCCCUGAGAAUGGUAGAAGCAGACUUCGAAAACAAGGAGUUGUUGGGAGACCUAAACUGUUUGUGGAAGCUGGUAGGUCCAGGUGCAUGCAGGCUGAAGUCAAACGUACAAAGCAAAAGGCCAAGCAGAGAUGGACAUCAAUCAAGUCAAAAAAUACCAGCCUGCAGACUAAUGGCAACAGUUUGACCACUGUUGUAGAACCACCAUCAGCCUUUCCCAUCACCCCCUCAAGCCCACUGUAUACCAACACAGAUAGUCUAACAGUCAUCACUCCACUCAAGAAGAAGAGGGGACGGCCCAAAAAGCAGCCCUUACUAACAGUUGAGACUAUACAUGAGGGCACCUCUACCAGUCCCAUAAGUCCUAUUGCACGGGAGCCACCAGGGGCUGUGAAGAAAAGGAGGAAGAAAAGGAGUUUGGCAAAGCUGGUACAGAUUGCUUCAGCAAAUGAGGCACCUGCGAACCAUGUGAAGCUAAAUAAAAAAGUGAGGAACGUGGGUGUCCUAGAUAAGAAAACCAUCAGGACAAUUAACAAGAUGAAAAUGGUUAAAAGAACGAAUAUCCUGAAUGAGAUCCUAUCUUGUUCUACUACCAGCAGCAGCUUGGCUAUUAAGUCUAAGGUCCCCUUGUCAGGUGCAGGUACCACUGUGGCAUCAACGAUUGAAGCUCGGCUAGGCAAGCAGAUUAAUGUGAGCAAGCGAGGGACCAUCUACAUCGGCAAAAAGAGGGGGAGAAAGCCCAGAGCCGAGGUGCACCUCCAGCAAGAAGAGCACAAAGUCAGUGAAAAGCACCCUGUGCCUGUUCUAAGACAGUAUGAGAACCCAGCAGUGCCUUCCAACCCACAGCCUGCAGCCGGGAUGCCUUUACCUGGGUCAGCACAGCCUCCUGCUGUCCAAGCUGUGGGGCCUGGUGGGAACCUAAGCCCUGCCAGCACUGAGACCAGUUUGCAGGAGCUAAAGACCAUGCCAAACCUGCAGCCCAUCAGUGCGUUACCCACCAAAGCUCCUAAGGGUUUACACGGCAGCAGCUGGAAGCUUUCUCCUCCAAGGCUUAUGGCCAACUCACCUUCCCAUCUCUCUGAAGUGGCUUCUCUAAAGGAGGUGACCCUGUCUCCCAUCAGCGAGUCCCAUAGUGAGGAGACCAUUCCAAGUGACAGUGGGAUUGGCACUGACAACAAUAGCACUUCUGAUCAGGCCGAGAAAGGUCCAGCAUCCCGCAGGAGGUACUCCUUUGAUUUCUGCACCCUGGAUCCUUCAGAAGCUGCUGCUGCACUUCAGGCCACCAACAAAGCCAAGCGAGGGCAUUGCCCCAAGCACGGGACUGCGGUAGCAGUAGAGACCUACCUGUCCCACGAAAGCCUGAAAAAGCAGAAGCACCGGCGCAAACGGAAGGGUCUCCAGAGCCGAGACGACCUGCAGUUUCUGGCUGACCUGGAAGAACUUAUUGGAAAGUUCCAGGUCUUCCGUGUCUCCCACCGGAGCUACACCUUCUAUCAUGAAAACUCAUACCCUAGCAUCUUCCGGGUCAACUUUGACCACUACUAUCCUGUGCCAUACUUCCCCUAUGACCCUCUGCACUACCUUCGCAGGAACUCCGAGGUAAAGUCCAAGAAGAGACGUGGCAGGCCGGCCAAAGCCAAUGAGCCGAUGACAAAGAUGCCUUUCCUCCAAGGGUUUGGGUACCCAAUUCCCAACGGCAAUUACUAUGCACCCUACGCAAUGCCUUAUACGUCAAUGCCUAUUGCCACCAAUAUGAUGAACCUGGGCUACUAUGGUCAGUAUCCAACUCCUUUGUACCUGCCUCACACUCUUGGGGCAGCAGCUUCCCCAUUCAUGAGACCAGCAGUCCCUCCUCCCCAGUUCCAUUCUGGUGCUCAUGUGAAGUUAACUGCCACUGCCAAACACAAGACCAAACAUGGUACCCACCAGGGGCCCUCCACUGGCAUAGAUGAUUCCCAGUCCACCCUUGGGGCUCCUAAGGUUGGGGGCAGCUGCCUGCCUAGUGGCCGCCUCCACAAGCGCAAACAUAAGCACAAACACAAGCACAAGGAUGACCAGCUCUCUGGCUCGCAGAGGGAGGAUCUUGGGGGACUCUUCAGUGGAGCCAAGAACCCCAGCUACUUGAGCCUGUUGAGCGAGAGACUAGGAAUGUCUGACAAAGAACCCUCCUUGACUAAACAUAAGGAGAAGCAGCGACACCAGCAAAACACAGAUGCGCUGCCAAGGAGUUCCAGAAACAUGUUUGAAGUAGACACCCUCUCCAUGCUGUCCCUCUCAGAGUCUCAGCAAUGGAAGCGUACUCGAGACAGAGCCGAGCCAGCUGGAGACUUCUAUGAUCCCUGCAGCCGGCGGCACUCUGAAGGCACCAGGGGCAGGCAAGAGGCUGACUUGUUCGGGGACUUGCAAGCUUCCAGGGAUAGUGAAUCUAGCCUUGGGGGCAGGAGACGGAGCCUGGAAAGCUUUGGGGUGUAUCGGGAGCAGAACAUGGGCCCAUUUAAGAGUGGCCGUAGUGAGAAGAUGUACGAAUCCCCUUCAGUAGCAUCAACAAAGCCUAGUCCGCCACUGAAGAAGAGGUUCAAGAGGACAGAGAUUGAGGAGAUGAAGUGUGAGGUGCGCCAAAUGUGCACAUUCUCCAAAAUCCUUUCCACCAAGAAGAACCUGGACCACGUCAACAAAAUCCUGAAAGCCAAGAGGCUUCAGCGACAGGCGAAGACGGGCAACAACAUUGUGAAGAGGAGGAGGAGGGGCAGGCCCAAAAAGCAGUCCUUGCUUUCGGAGGAGGAAGCAAUGGGUCAGAUGCCUGUGCUGGAGAAAUGCAUCGACCUGCCUGGGAAAAGAAGUUCUCGUGCCCACUUGGUGCCCGAGCCUCUGGAGUUUUCCAACCAAGACUCCAUCAUGGACGCCAUUGAGGCUGUCGUCCACAUGGCCAGGGAGCAGCACAAGGUGCCCCCAGAAAGGGGCCGCAAACGUCGGCACAAGGAGCAAGAGGAAUUGAGAUCGAAGAGACAACGGAAGUGUUGAGGGAUUGAGAAAGAAGAAACCCCCAUUACUGGGAGAAAGUACGGCAGCUCCGGUCUUACACCGGCCGGCUAUCCAACAGUGCCCUCUGCCCAUUGAAUUCUUCUUGCACUUUAGCCAUUUUUGAUAAUUGUAUGGGCAUUCUCUGAGGAAACCAAUGGAGAACUUGGUCCCUUCGACCAGAAUUUACUUUAAAAAAUAAAUUAUACAUGUUUAUUGUACCUACAGUAGUAGUGCAACGUUUGUUGACCAUCUUAAGACAAACCGUCAUGAUGGAUCAAACUUCUGCAAAUGGCUAGUGUCCCAACUCCAGAACUCUCCUUCACUCUGCACCAAUGGCUAUGCCAUACAUAACCAGCAAGUAUCUGAACAAUGAUCAUUAGCUUACACUGCAUAGCUUCAGUGAUAUUGUCUUGCAUUUCUCCCUUUGUCACAGCACAGUGCAUUCAGUGAAUGUCUGUUGAACAACCACCCUCUUCUAGGUUCAUAAAGUGUUUGUAGUAUAAAGGAAUUGUUGGAGAAGGAGGACACUUUGGAAUCAUAGGAACUAAUGUAGGCUGCCACACAGCUGCAUACACAAGAGGUCUGGCUGUAUAUAGGAACAUUUUAUUCUGACGGUACAUGCCUUUUUUUGUAUAAUGGAUUUCAGAAAGUAUGUUUAACUGAAUGGCUUAAAAGAAGAAUAAGGAUGAGUGCUUGUACCCUGGAACAAGAAAGUUGUGUAUUGAUUUUAACCAAAAAGAAAUAGAUCUGGGUGUGACUCAAGACAAGAGUGUUUCCAAAAACAAAAACAUCCCAAUCCAUUAAUUCCCACAUUGUCAGGAGUGUCAAGUUUAGAGCAGUUAUUUUGGUAAUUCUGCCAUUGGGCUGGUUCCUUUUACGUUUGUGGUAAGUCUCAAAAUGAUGGACCCAACAUCCUGAUUACAAAUCCCAUUUUAGUCUUCCAGUAAGUCUGUGUGUGCAGAGGGCCCCUUUAUUUAAUGAAACACAGAUGUGUUUUCCUUGGGAAAUAAUUGAAAGAGAUGUAGAAAUGCCUUGGUAGUGGGGAUGGUAUGGGGAGUGAGUUUAGAUUGAUUGAUUAAAUAAAUAAAUAAAUAAAAACUCUUAGCCCAGCUCGUGUAACCCAACAUAUACUAGAGUUAGGGACUGUUGAGAAGGAUUUAAAUCACAUAGUCAAUGAAAGUGAAAUGAAGUUUCUUCCAGCAGUUUAAAAAAAGAGAAAUUAAAUUACACUUCCAUGUUUCUAAAGAUAUGUAACCCUGAACUUCCCUUUAUGUAUUCUCAUUAGUUUACAUAGUUCUAUAUUUGUGAAGUCCUGUUAGAGACGUGCUUGUGUGGUGUAUUCAUCUAGGGCUGGUUGAGCUGUAGAGAAGCAAUAUUGUUGUGAUCACAUACAGUAGCUAUUGCACAGGACUACAGUAGCAGGACUCAGUGUUAAGGCAAACUUUAUAUUCCUGCUCCCUCCAAUUGACUUACCCUGUCAAACUGAAUGCCAACUCAAUGUGAGCAAACUCUACACAUUCAGAAAGCAAAAGUUUAGAGAAGCUUGUCAAGGAUUAACUAACGUUUCAUUUUAUAAUCUUCAUUCUUCCUUCUUCCAUUACCCUGGCAGUCCAACAGUGUGGCAAUAAACUAGGGAAAUCAUUGUGACAACAAUCUCAAUUUGAUUUAAAAAUAGGCUGGAAAUAUUGACCCUGUUUUACCUUGAGUCCAGCAUUGGGAUCCAGUUACAUGGAAUAUAGAUGGAAAACAAUAAAUUUGUUUUUCAGCCUUAAUAUAAAUAGUAGACAAGGAGUGCCUUAUGUUCAUUUUACAAGGCACCAGAUUCCAAAGGUUUACUAAAAUUGGACGUCCAGUUUUAAGUCACUGAUCCAUGAUGUGUUCAGAGAAAACAUGCUAUAAAAAUGUCUUCAAAAGUUGAGUAACCCAUUCAAAAUCAAGUUUUACUGUAGCACUUACUUCAGGCACCCACUACAGAUGUAGCCUCACAUGCCCAAGUUCUUGCUGAUCCCAAUCCUGGUCACUUGUGAUUUAUACUCAAUCAUAUUUGCCCUGUUGCUUUCCCACUGUGUUUGCUAUGCAUCAAAUACACCAGCAAGCUGCUGGUAGCAAGAGAUGGGCAUAUUUGUAAGAACUAUAAAAUCAGUCAGUAAAUUCAGAUUUUUGUUUUGGGUCCACCCUUUCACAAAGAUUAAUAAGUGGUCUUAUUUAAGUUUAAAUAAAUAAAAUGUAGUAAUAAUAAUUUGCAAGUUGAGCAAAAAGUGACUAUCAUUGCAACUAUUGCUGCAAAGGAUCUGAAGGUCCUCUUUGCAGUGGAGCCUUAAUCUGAGAUUGAAUUCAUAAAGUAAAAGUGAAACUGUAAAUACUGUAUAUAAACUGGAUUAGACUGCAUGAAUACAAACUGUGUAAUGAAGACAUGGGUCCCCUUUUAUAUGGUUCAUGACAAGUCCUCAAGAGCCUGAAGGUUCCUGAAAAGUUGAAAUGUAAAGAAACUAAUACCUUUUGGCCUGGCUAGUUACCCAGCCAGUCAAGUAGCCCAGUAACACACAUUCUUCUGCCCCUUGUACAGCAGCAACACAAAUGUAAUCUGCCAUUUGAUUCUGAUUGGCUUGAGAAUAAACAGUUUCAUUGGUAUGGGUCAUUUUAAAAAGCCAUGAAGUCCCAGCUUCAACCACAAUUUGGUAAUUAUUUAUUGUAACUCUCUUGCCCCAGUUCAUAGGCUCACUGGACAAACACUAGUCAAGGUGUAUCCUUUUAUAACCAUAAUGCAGAGAGGAGGGGACAUAUGGCUAGCAUACGGCUCGUCCACAAUGUCAUUCCGUGAUUUGUUGGCACCAUGGUACCCUUUUACAGCUGGGUUAACUGAGGGCUUGUGCGUGAGCUAUACACAUUUUAAUGAUGCCUUCCAGAACUCAUGGAAAUUCCGGUUCCAUAUUCAUUGGCUGCUCAGAGAAAUCAGGGAAUAAACAGAGCCUUUGGAGUCAGGCUUAAUCAACUUAUGUGGUAAGACACCUUCCCCUACAAUUAUUGAAGACUGGCCCCUCCUCACAAAGCUGGGACCUGUUCUGUCUGUGAAACACUAAUGAGAAAAAUAAUGUCCAGACUGACACCCAUGUCAACACAGGCUGUGUGUUAAAAUUGAUAAAAUGUGUUUUCAAGUUUUUACAGAUAAUGCUGUUUCAAUAAUAAAGUGCUAAAUGAAGUAUUGAGAUAAAAAAAAUAAAUAAAUAAAACUUUAAUGUAACAUUGUAUAUUACAGGAGCACACAUGGAGCUCUUAACAGUGCUGGCAUAUUUUAGUUUGUAUACAUAGUGUUUUUAACCUCUUUUAAUAGAGUUGGUUUUGUUUUCUUUUGCAUGUUCAACUUGAUUGUAUGUAUACAUAUUUUAGACAAGGGGACGUUAUUUGUAUUUUAAUUAAAUACGGAUGAAAACUUGUACAUUGUUUGAUAUGUUUUUUGUAAUGGAUUUUUAAUUCAUGAAGCAUUUUUGUACAUUGUAUGGAUAUUAAAAUUGCAAAUAUUUAGCAUAUAUAUAGGUACAUAUACACACACACACACACACACACACACACACACACACACACACACACAUAUAUAUAUAUAUAUAUAUAUAUAUAUAUAUGCUGGCAUGCUUUUGGUCAUGUUUGUUCAUGAUCUAGUUGUUGGAUUAAUUUCCCUUUUUAUUUUGAAAGAGAAGCUCAUCUUUUUGCUGCCAUUUUAUUGGUUAGCAGUGUAGAGCACUUAAAUAAAAGUUGACCCUGUUAAUAUGUUAUUCAUUGUGUGAAAAUAAUAAAUGAGUUUAUUGAAA